UGGCGAUGCUUUAGGGCUAGAGCAAAGCGAGAGCUGUUCCUUUAUCGAGUUCCGUGCCGAUGCAGGCCAGUCAACGGAUCAACGAUCUCGUGUGGAGUCAUCAGAUUCGUCUGAAUCUGAAUCGGAAUCGGAAUCCGAUUCAAACGAUACAAAAACAGAUGGUGCCGGUGCGAAAAGCGCCAAUUGGAACCAUGCGGAUGAUGAUUCUCUAGAUAUCGUGUUUAAAGAGCCAUCGUCAAGCGGUGCUCUGCCAGCACCUCCGGCGCUACCGAAUGGAAUGCAUCAUGUAGUUUCGAUCGAUGAAACUCCUUCACAGUCUUUCCGUGCUGAGAAUCCAUUCCGCAAAACACACCGCCGUCCACUGUCGCUCGAUCUGACGAGCACAGGGCACGUGCGGAAACGGACAAUCGACGAUGCGCUAUCCUCGCUAGAUCUCUCGUCAAGGCAUCAGGAACAUGCGCAACCCUUACCGCGGAGCAAUAAAAUCUAUCUCUACAUCCAGAUGCAACUAUGCCACAAGCAAUCGCUCAAGGAGUGGCUCAGUUUGAACGGAUUGCCGACACGGCGUGAUAAGAUCGUGCCGAUCUUCGAGCAGAUCGUCUCGGGCGUUGAGUACGUCCAUCUGAAGGGACUGAUACACAGGGACCUGAAACCGAGCAAUAUCUUCUUUUCGCUCGACGGCAAAAUUAAGAUCGGUGACUUUGGGCUCGUGACCGACUCGAGCGAGCUGCAGUACGAUAGUGAAAACAAUAUGCCUUCGAUGAGCCGUGAUCGCCAUACGCGCCAGGUCGGCACACAGCUCUACAUGUCACCGGAGCAGCUACGCGGACUACCGUACGAUUACAAGGUGGACAUCUUCUCACUGGGGUUAAUCCUAUUCGAGCUACUCGUCAGUUUUGGCACGGAAAUGGAGCGUAUCUGUACGCUGAAGAGCGUUCGAAAGAGUAUCUUCCCCGAUGGGUUCGAUCAAGAGUACCAGUCUGAGCAUAAGCUACUAUCGUGCAUGUUGUCGGAAUCACCCAAGAAGCGACCGACAACGUUCGGCAUCAAGGCGCACCCGCCGUUUAAGCGAAUGCUGUCCAACAAAUCGUCCAACUCGCUGGGUGUCGUCGAUGAAACGCUGGUCGUCAACGGCGACCCGAUAGCGGCCAAUGGAUCGCCCGAGUGGGAAGACGGUGACGAGUGGCAUUUUGAGCUGCCACCGAGAAGAAAAGACAGCCGAACGUACAGUUCGUCCGGAUCGGGUUCCGGUGGACCCAGUGCCAACAACAACAACAACAAUCCUUCAAACUAGCGCUGUAAGCAUUUAUCAUACGAGCAUGAUAGCAGCAAGCGUAGGCCAGGAAAUGUGAACAAGAUAUGGGAGCUGAGUAGUUAUUAAGCUAUUUAUAUGCUGUAUUACGUUUAGAACUAUCAGUUGUUAAGUCUAAAAAGUGGAAGCGGAACAGACCGUUUGGCGUUCAAGGAACAGCGCGGUACAGUGUUACGUGUGGAACAUACACAACCGGAUAGAAACCAAUAAAAAGGACGGAAGAGUACA